AUGUUUACGAGGCUUUCGGGUCAGGUUGUGAAAAGACCUUUGAAACAAUGGGUUAAUGCUUUUAUGCAGGCCCGAGGUGUUUCAGGUACUGCCGGUGCUCCUCAGUCGAAUACAAAAGCCAUUGCUGCCACAGCGGCUGUAGCAACAACUGCAGCAGCAGGUUUGGGUUAUUAUUUUUAUGCCAAUCCCAUUCAUGCCAAUAUGGAAGAAGAAGGUCUUCAUCCACCCGCAUAUCCUUGGUCUCAUCGCAGUCUAUUCGGUACCUUUGAUCAUGCCAGCAUUCGACGUGGUUAUCAAGUAUAUAGGGAAGUUUGUUCUGCGUGUCAUUCACUCGAUCGUAUCGCGUGGCGUAAUUUAGUGGACGUGUCACAUACGGAAGAUGAAGUGAGGGCGAUGGCCGAAGAAUUCGAAUACAAGGAUGGACCGAAUGAAAUUGGGGAUUACUUCGAAAGGCCCGGAAAGCUGUCUGAUUAUAUGCCGCGUCCCUAUCCUAAUGAUGAAGCUGCUCGCGCAGGUAAUGGUGGAGCUCUUCCACCAGAUCUUUCUUUGAUGGUUAAGGCCCGUCAUGGUGGUUGCGAUUAUAUCUUUGCUCUUUUAACCGGAUACGUCGAUCCACCGGCCGGUGUUGAAAUUCGUGAAGGUUUAAAUUAUAAUCCGUAUUUUCCUGGUGGUUCGAUCGCUAUGGCUAGACUUUUAUAUGAUGGCUUAGUUGAAUAUGAUGAUGGUACCCCUGCGACGACGUCUCAAAUGGCCAAGGACGUUACGACGUUCCUUGCUUGGGCCGCAGAACCCGAACAUGAUGACCGUAAAAAAAUGGGUGUAAAGGCCAUAAUUAUUCUAUCCGCUAUGACUAUUUUGUCAAUUUGGAUUAAACGAAACAGAUUUGCAUCUCUUAAAUCAAGAAAAUUUUUAUACGCCCCACCCAAAUAA